AUCUGUCUCUUGACAUUCUACCUUAUUCAAGGUCCACUAUUCGAUAUAUAAAAGAGACUUUGUGAAGCUAAAUACACUGAUAGUUUCAAAAUGAACGUGUUCAUUCUAUUAUAUUCAAUAUGUUUUAUGUUCUGGUGUGUAAAAGGAGAGGUUGAAUACUAUCCAUCGAUGGGCGAGAUAAAAAAAAUUCGCGAUGCACCAAAAGUUCAACAUACAAGAUUUAAUGUGAAAAACUCGAAAUAUGUAAAGAAGCGAGGAGCAGAUCCAGUAUUUCACGGUCACCCAAAAACAAAAGAAGAGCUCUGGCGCGAAAGAUUCUUGCCAGAAGAUAAACAUUUCGAUCAAGUGCCGUCCCUUAUACGUCUCAUCCACAAUAUCACACUUAAAUAUUUAACUGAUUGUACUCCUGUCCUUCUCUAUGAUAAUCAGAUAUUUUCUGAAACCAAACUGUUUCGAGAACUCUUAAGAUCUUUUCCUGUGACAUUUAUUCAUGGUUACAUUGAUAAUAACAAUCGUUUAGAAGCACCCAACAUUAUUCAAGCUAAGGAUGAGUGCCUGCAUUUUAUUUUAUUCCUUACUGAUGUUCAGAAAUGUCAUAAGGUCCUUGGUACGCAGUCUAAUAGCAAAGUAGUGGUGAUCGCGCGAUCAUCUCAAUGGGCUGUACAGGAGUACUUGGGCAAUCCAUUAUCUAGGCUGUUUAUUAACUUACUAAUAGUGAGUCCCAGUUUUAAGGAUGACGAUGAAACUUUAGUAAGUAUUCGAAACUCGUGA